GGAGCGCGGCUGCGCAGAGCGCGCGCGCCGUGUGGAGAGCGGGGUUUGACAGCUGCAAGCUCAGCAGCAGCCCCGGCGGCAGCAGCGCAUGGCUCGCGCGAGGGGAAUAGCAAGCGGUGCAAUGCCCCAGCGUGUGUGACCGCUGCGAGGGGGGGAAAUGUUAAACACACCCCGCUCCUCCUCCUCCUCCGCCACCUCCUGCCCGGGCUUCCCCCUCACUUGACCCGCCAGCCCAACAUGCAACCCGGCACCUGCUAAAUCAAUAAUGUACUAGAAUGUCAGCGCUGAAAAAGGAUUUCACAUCCUCUGAAGCGCGAGUGUAACCACUGCAAGUUCAUCCACUGCUGCUACUUGCGAAUGCCUGCAACGUGCACAAGGCUCAGACAUUAUGGGGACAACUCAGGUUCUGCCUGGCAUUUUGCAGAAGCAUUGCUGUAUAUUACCAGACAGGAAUACAGAGUCACAGUGUACACUCUGUGGUGAGCCUGAGGGUUUGGAUUCUCUAACAGGGCAUGCAUUUCCAGACCAGCAGUACUCCUGGUCACCUUCUCAGCACUUCAAUGAAGAAAGAUUCUCGCCUGCUCCGAGGAACAUGAAAGGAUUAUCUGGUAGUCGCAACCAACCACAAUUAUGUUCUGCUCAUACUUGUGGCUUAGCAUCCCCUGAAGAUUGUGAACAUACCCACGAUCAUAUCCACCAUGGGCAGGAGCCAAGGCAAUCCUAUCUUCUCAGCCCUACAGAGAGCUGCCCACUGGACCAUCAUCGCUGCUCACCACGAAGCUCCAUCCAUUCAGAGUGCAUGAUGAUGCCCAUGGUUAUGGGCGAUCACAUGUCAAGUAGCACUUUCCCCAGAAUGCACUACAGCUCACAUUACGAAACGAGGGACGAUUGCGCCAUGUCUCACGCUAACCCUAAGAUUAACCGAAUUCCUGCCAAUCUCCUGGAUCAGUUUGAGAAACAACUUCCUCUCCACAGGGAUGGAUUUCACACUUUACAAUAUCAGAGGACCUCAACAGCUGCAGAACAACGCAGUGAAAGCCCAGGAAGAAUACGCCAUCUUGUUCAUUCAGUCCAGAAACUUUUCACUAAGUCUCAUUCUUUGGAAGGAUCAUCCAAGGGCAAUGUCAAUGGGACAAAGGGAGACAGUCGAGGGGACGACCAUCAUCAUGGACAUCAUUCCAAGCAUAGCAAAAGGAGUAAAAGUAAGGAGCGAAAACCAGAGACCAAGCAUAAAUCUGGAAUGAGUAGCUGGUGGAGUUCUGAUGAUAAUUUGGACAGCGAUAGCACUUAUCGCACACCUAGCGUGAUUAAUAGGCAUCAUGUAGAUCAUAUCUCCCACUGCUACCCUGAAGCUCUCCAGGGGCACUUUGGGGAUCUCUCACUAAAGACUUCCAAAAGUAACAAUGAUGUGAAAUGUUCUGCUUGUGAAGGGCUAGCAAUGACCCCUGAUGGUAAAUACAUGAAAAGGAGUUCUUGGUCUACACUUACAGUAAGCCAGGCUAAAGAAGCAUAUCGCAAGUCAUCCCUUAACCUAGAUAAGCCUCUGGUUCAUCAGGAAAUCAAACCUUCCUUGAGGCCGUGCCAUUACCUUCAGGUGCCUCAAGAUGAAUGGGGAGGGUACCCUGUUGGCGGUAAAGACGAGGAGAUCCCCUGCAGGAGAAUGAGAAGUGGGAGUUAUAUUAAAGCCAUGGGAGAUGAGGAAAGCGGAGAUUCUGACACUAGCCCUAAAACAUCACCAAAGGUAGCAGUUCGACCAGAGUCAUUAUUAAAAUCCAUUGGACAGAGACCACUUGGAGAUCACCCAAAUCAGAGCUACCUUCAAGCUGCAAGUGAUGUGCCUGGGGGCCACAACAUGGAUCCCUCCGCAAACUACAAUUCCCCAAAGUUCCGAUCAAGGAAUCAGAGCUAUAUGAGAGCAGUGAGCACACUCAGUCAGGCCAGCUGUGUUAGUCAGAUGAGUGAAGCAGAGGUCAAUGGGCAAUUUGAGUCGGUGUGUGAAUCAGUGUUUAGUGAAGUUGAAGCUCAGGCAAUGGAUGCCCUUGACCUCCCUGGAUGCUUCCGAACAAGAAGCCACAGUUACCUGAGGGCCAUUCAGGCAGGUUACUCCCAAGAUGAUGAAUGUAUCCCUGCUAUGGGAUCUUCCAACAUCACCUCAACUGUCAGGUCAACAACAGCUGUAACUUAUACAAGUUACAAAAAAACGCCACCACCGGUACCCCCACGUACCACUUCCAAGCCACUCAUCUCAAUUACAGCACAGAGCAGCACAGAAUCCACCCAGGAUGCAUAUCAUGAUAGCCGGACUCAGAGGAUUUCCCCAUGGCCACAAGAUGGUCGAGGGAUGUACAACUCUACAGACAGUUUGGACAGUAACAAGGCCAUGAAUCUUGCCAUGGAAACUGCCGCUGCACAGCGCCAUGCUUCUGAGAGUCAAAUCACUUCAGUACGAACCAGUGACAAGGCCAUUUUAGUGACAAAAGCUGAGGAGUUUCUUAAGAGUCGACGGUCCUCUAUAGGGAUUCAGGUGGAAACGGCAACUGAUUCAGAUACCGAGAGCAGAGGCCUACGGGAAUACCAUUCCGUUGGAGUGCAAGUGGAAGAUGACAAACGACAUGGACGGUUUAAACGUUCAAAUAGUGUGACAGCAGCUGUUCAGGCUGACCUGGAACUGGAGGGCUUUCCAGGACACAUAACAAUGGAGGACAAGGGACUUCAGUUUGGUUCAUCAUUCCAGAGGCAUUCAGAGCCUAGCACUCCUACCCAAUAUGGUGCAGUAAGAACUGUACGGACACAGGGACUGUUCAGUUACAGAGAAGAUUACAGGACCCAGGUUGACACCUCAAAUCUUCCACCACCAGAACCCUGGCUGGAGCCAGCCAUUGAGACAGUUGAAACUGGUCGGAUGUCCCCAUGUCGACGGGAUGGGUCUUGGUUUAUGAAGUUGCUACAUACUGAAACGAAGAGGAUGGAAGGAUGGUGUAAAGAGAUGGAGAGAGAAGCAGAAGAAAAUGAUCUUUCUGAAGAAAUUCUAGGUAAGAUCCGAAGUGCUGUUGGAAGUGCUCAGCUCCUUAUGUCUCAGAAAUUCCAGCAGUUUUAUUGGCUUUGUCAACAGAAUCUGGACCCCAGUGCCAUGCCAAGGCCAACUUCCCAGGACCUAGCAGGAUUCUGGGACUUAUUGCAGCUUUCAAUUGAAGACGUCAGCAUGAAGUUUGAUGAAUUGCACCAGCUGAAACUCAAUGAAUGGAAACUAAUAGAAUCACCUGAAAGGAAGGAAGAAAGGAAGGUUCCUCCUCCAGUACCAAAGAAGCCCCCAAAAGGAAAAUUCCCUAUAACGAGAGAAAAAUCUCUCGACCUACCUGACAGACAACGUCAAGAAGCCAGAAGACGACUAAUGGCUGCUAAGAGAGCAGCCUCCUUUCGGCAGAAUUCAGCCACAGAGCGGGCAGACAGCAUUGAGAUCUAUAUCCCAGAAGCCCAAACCCGGCUUUAAAGACAGAGCGCUGCAGAGUGUCCUUUUUUAAAAGAAAUGCUUGUACAGUUUGUCACUUACCUGGUAAUUUUUGUCUCAUUCUCUCCACUGAAUAUGCCCUUGCUGUUGUGUUCUUUGUGCCAUAAGCACAGUGGAAUGCUUUUGAUUUCCUCAGAGUUUGCUGAGCUCAUUGCAAGAACUACUUCUUUUUGUAUUUAUUGUCUGACUUACAAUCAGCUACAAUGGAUAGGGCUUGUUGAGACCUGACUUAUCCAAUAUGUUCUCAGAGGACAACAAGAAACACCUCUUGAGAUGGAACCCAGCUUACUUUUUUGUUAUUUAUAUUUUUAUAAAUUAUGUGAUAAUUAAGGAUAAGAAUAACAAACUAUAAAUGGGUGCAUCUCACCAUUCACUAGAGGCAUUAGCUAAUCCAAGUAGAAGGUGCUACAAAUGUGAAGUGCAGGAAAGAAAGAACCCAUUUAUCUCUCUGACCUCCAGUUUCUUUUCCUUGAACCCAGCUAAAAUAUUUGCCCAUGUGCUCUGCCAUUCUACCCAUCUUUGUUACUGCAGAAUAACAUUAGGCCUCUCAUGUCAAGUCAAGUUUCUGGAGAUGAACAGGAAUAUCCAGCCACUAAAACUCCGAAGUUCAUCAGGAACCAAGAAGCAUACAAACCUGGUCCUACUGGGAAUGCCCACUGAGAAAUGUUUGUGAUAGCAGUAUAACGACAUUCAGAAAUCAAAGCAAAAUUAUAAUGCAAGAAAACUUGAGUGAUGGGGAAAGGAAAGUGGAAGCCUUAAAAAGUUAGAUCUUCUGUAGCAAGAUGUGUAAAGAGAACAGUUAUACUUACUCCUUUGGAACACUCAUUGCAUUUUAACAGUUCUUUUAUGUGUUAACUUUUUAUUUUACCAACAAUCUUCUCUCUUUAAUUUCAAAAGCUAUGCUACAUGUGAUAUUUUAAACUCUCAAAAUGCUAUAUCAAUUGAGUUUCCAGGGUAUCCUUGAAAAAAAAUAUUUGCUUGUUUAAAAUGCCAGUUGUGAUGUUGUAACCAGUUUAAGAAAUAUGAAUGUGAGUGGUAAGUAUAUCUAAGUUUAAAUGGUUAUCUUAAGGUAAAGGUGAACUGUUGUUUACAUUUUUUUUCCAGAAAUCUUUUUCCUAUGCAGUAUCAGUUAAGGCAAGAUGAUUCUCUUGCUUGUGUCAGACUUAAAGGAAUGAUUUGAUUGUAAAAUGACUUCCAGACAUGGAAUAUAAGGAAAGUAAUUUUUUCAAGCCUCUGAUUAUUACAAGAGAAAAGUAGGAACCAUGACAAUCAAGAGGCUUUAAAUGUUCAUUUGAAAUAAAUUUAGAUCGUAUUAUUCCACUUCAUCUACCUUCCCAGACAUAAUUGAGCAUCCCAGCUCUUAGACGUCUUCAGAUAAAGAUGUAAUAAAAGAUAUAACCCACAGAUCCUGAUACCAGGGUUCUGAUUCCUGCUCUAGGUCAAAAGAGUAUUACAACUAUGGUUAGUCUCUAAGGUGCCACAAGUACUCCUUUUCUUUUUGCGAAUACAGACUAACACGGCUGCUACUCUGAAUACUAUGGCACAGACAGUCCCAACUAACUCAUUUUUUGUUUACUGCUUUAACAAAUACUAUAUACUUCGCCAUAGGCAGAACAGCUACUUAAUUAUACUCCAGCACUUUGGUUUGUUCACCUUGAUGAGCACUUUAAAUAUGUACUUGGUACACCCUGCAGCCUGCCACAUGACUGAGAACAUUAAGUAACACAGGUUACAUAGAUCUGACAUUGCUUCAAAUCUGGGGAUAGUUUCUUCGGUUUUUUUCCUUCUGAGCAUUUUGUUAAGCAUGAGUUCUGGUUUUGGAGCAAAGCUGAUAUAAGCAUGUUUAGCUUCAAGAUAUGAAUCUUUAGAGUUGAAUAGCUGAGAAGUUUCUGUAAGGAGAAAACUUUGUAAAUUGAGCCUGAUAUCUGGUAUAUAUUUUACCAAAUAGCCUUAAACUAUAUUUGGAAGCAAAAACCAAGAUGAAUGUAUAUCCUUCCAAAAACAACAACAACAAAAAGCCCCUCCCUGAAGUAUUCUUAUAUAAAUGAAAACUUAGUAUACCCUCACCCCCCAGGGUGUUCAAAGCGUUUUCUGUAUACAGAAAGAGCUGAAUCCUGGGUAGUGUACAAUAUUGAUGCUGCUUCCUAUAUUUGUUGUACUAUUUUAAAUACAAAUGUUAAAUACCUAUUGGCAUCUUUAGUCUUUAAAAGUGAUAUUUAAUGUUAAGUGGAGCUGCGAAUUAGAACUAUCCACAUGAAAAUAAAGCCAGUGUAUUUCCUAGAUGUAGGAAAUUUAAAAUAGACCUAUAUAUAUAUUUAUGGCACCUGAUAUGUUUUAUCUCAUUUCCUUGGAUACUUCCAGGCUAAAUCACACUUGCUUUAUUCACUUGAGUAAUCCCACAUAAGACAAAGGGAUCACAUGAUUAAGGCAAACAGCAUUUGACCUGUCAGUAUUCAGAACUUGUAAAGUCCAAUUGUAAAAAUUAGACUAGCUGUUAAAUUUAGAUACCAGAUUAUGUUAUAAUGUUGACUUGGAGCAGUCCAUAAAGGUUUUAAUUACACAUCAGAUUUUGGUAAAUAUUUUGGGGUAUUUUAUGUUAGUGUGUCAUCACUAAAUUGGACUCUAAAUGUCUGGCUAAAACAGACCUGUGUGAGCAAAUCAGACCCUAAAUUUUACAAUGUCCAUGCAAUGAUGGGAAUAUACUCACCGUGAGUCUUUGGAUAUGUAUGAUUCCCUGUCUGUUCCACCUCUUUGUUCCAAAGAAGAAGAAUUAAAAGUAAAAUAGAUGCCUACUGCUAAAGCUGAUAAAAUGUUAUCUGUGCAUGUUACAUUUUUAAGUGCAAUAUAUUCAACUUGUUGUGCAGGUAACAUUGUAUCAAUAAAGGCAGAUGAUAAGCCAUGUUUACCUAUGUAUUGUACAUCUAAUUAGUUGGAAAAAAUAAAAUUAUGUUUAUAAUACUUGUGUUGAAAGUCAGUCACACCCGAUCUGCUUGAAUCAUUGCUAUAAGAUACACAGUAUUCAGUAACUAUCGCUUAUAGAGAGGCCCUGUCAAAUCUGGAAAUUGCAUUCAUUUCAUGCAUAGGAAUGGAUUACAGGACCAUGUAGGAGAAAAUUCAGUAACUUACAAUGUUCUAUUAACAUAAUACACUUCUACCCCAAUAUAACGCGGUCCGCAGGAGCCAAAAAAUCUUACCGCGUUAUAUGUGAAACCACGUUAUGUCGAACUUGCUUUGGCCCCCCUGCUCCUUGUCCCCUGACG